AUGGCGCUGCUCCACGACCCGAAUAGCCUCAUCAAUUACAUAGCUACGCUCAUACAGACCGCACGAGUACGUAGGGCAAUUGAUACAGCUGAACCAGAAACACCUUGGUCGUUGUGCCGAGGUCAAGUUAUAAUAACUGGCUUCCUUGGAUCCGGAAAAACCACAUUGAUCUUAAAUCUCCUUCCUCAACUACCACCUCCGCCAACCUAUACCCUCGCAAUCCUCAAGAACGAAUUCGGCGAUGUCGCCGUCGACUCUUUACUCACCUCAACUACAAAUCCCAACUCUUCGUCUGUAUCCUCGGUUACCGAAUUACUAAACGGUUGUAUCUGCUGUAACCUCGUCGGCCAACUUUCUGAUGCCAUUUUCGAAAUUCUUCGAGAUGUAAACCCUUCAAGAAUAGUGAUCGAAACGUCCGGAUCUGCGUUUCCUGCAACAUUAGCGAUGGAAGUCAACCGUAUCGCUAAAGAUCUAGAAAAGAGGGCUGUCACAGAUUCCACGGUUAAGAGGAUUACGUUAGAUGGAGUUAUUAGCGUUGUCGACGUUGAAAAUUGGAAGGGAUAUGAGGAUAUUAGCUAUACUGCUAAAUUACAAGCAAAGUAUACGGAUCUAAUUGUGAUGAAUAAAUGGGAGGUAUGUGAUGAACGGCGUUUGGACGAUUGUGUGGAUAGAGUUCGGGAUGUUAGUGAGGAUACGCCGUGGGUUAAAAGCAAUAAGGGGUCUAUUGAUGUGGACCUAGUAUUUGGAAUCGACGGAGCUAGGAUUGGGAUGUUGGAAGAAGUUGAAGAGGAGAAAGGACAUGAAGGCCACGGGCACGGGCACGGGCAUGGCGACCAUAAUGAUGAAGUGGAGGUUCUAAGUGUUAGGGUUCCAAAGAAGGGGCAAGGGCUAGACGGUAGAAAAUUCUUGGAGCUCUUGAAGAAAGCACCCAGGGAUGAAAUUUAUAGAAUCAAGGGGAUAGCUUGGUUUGCUAGUUCACCGGAGGGGAAGGGCGAAGAAGGUGCUGGAAGGUAUAUAUUCAAUUGGGCAUUCGGGAGGUGGACUUUUACCCCGUUCCCUGAAAAUUCAGUAGAGGAUGGAGGGAUGGCUCUCAAGAUGACGAUUGUCUUAGCUAGAGGUGAGAGCAACAAAUGGACGAAGAAGGUCCUAAAUGGUGGGUUCCUAGAUUAUCACGAGGGAGAUAUCAAGGACGCUAUUACAGUUAAGAGGGUCAGUUAG